AUUAUUGUUGUGUGGCAGAAGGGGCAAGUCAAAGGGUGUAACUUUGCCUAAGAGUGUAGAGUUUUGCCAUAUACCGAGGUAUUUAUAUUCUGUUACUCGAGGUAUUUCUUGGCCCUGCAGUGUAGCCAUUAAGGUUAAAAGAGCGCACUCUGCUGGCUAGAGCGCGCUCGAGCGCCUUAACUCAGUAUAGUAACUCUAUGCCUUAACUUAACGCGCCCAUUGGUUCAUGACAUUCGUUGCCUUACUGUUCAGCCAUUGUUCAGAUGUGACGUAUUAUAAAUAAUAUUACUUUUUUUCCCGAAAACUGCAGACAUUGCGACUCCGACAGUUUGAACUUGCGAGUGGCACUGCACGCACUACGCGGUGAAAAAGCAAAAAAAAAAAAAAGAAACGAGAGAUAGAGAGAGAGAGAGAGAGAGAGAGAAAGAAAGAAGGAAGAAACACUAAACAAGAGCGUGCUCUCGUGCGCUGCUUGCAUGGCGAUGUUCGGUUUGCCUUGUGUGCAGCUAGGCUGAGAGCCUGCUCUUUUGUAGGUCUUAUUUUCAGUGAUGAUCAUUCUGUCCAGGGAUGUCUUGAUUGUGGUGUGUCGCAGGUAACGUGCCUGAAACUCAUGUUCAGCAUGGAACAGGAGUUUCAAGAAAUAGAUUCUAAGAACUCUUGGAAUUCAGUCUACCAGAAGAUCAGGCACAAGUCCAACAACUAUGACUACACGUGUAAAGAUGCAAGACGAAUGGAUAACAAGAGCUUAAAUCGGUACCGAGACGUAAAUCCAUAUGACCACAGCAGAGUCAUCUUAAAACGAGGGGACAAGGAUUAUAUUAAUGCCAGCCUGGUUAAAGUGAAGGCAGCUAAUCGCACCUACAUUUUAACUCAGGGACCUUUACCGACAACUACUAGCCAUUUUUGGCUUAUGGUUUGGGAGCAGCAGACCAAGGCCAUUUUAAUGCUUAAUCGUAUCAUUGAGAAAAACACUGUAAAGUGCCAUCAGUACUGGCCAAUGAGCCAGGAUGAAGAGCUUGUGCUCACUGGUGUAGGACUCAAAGUGGCCUUUCUUGGGGAAAAGCCAGCCACCAACUACACUGUCCGAGAACUCAUGCUUACUGACCUUGAGAGUGGGCAGAAGCGUGUGGUACUGCACCUACACUAUACGACCUGGCCUGAUUUUGGGGUGCCCGAGUCUCCAGCAGCAUUCUUGGCCUUUCUGCAAGCUGUGCGAGAGUCUGGCGCAUUGGAUGUUGAUGUAGGGCCACCUGUGGUGCACUGCAGUGCAGGCAUUGGCCGCUCGGGGACCUUUUGCCUAGUGGACUCUUGUCUUGUACUGAUUGAAGCCAAUGGGGGCCGCCUUGACCGGGUGGACGUGCAGGAAGUGCUGCUGGAGAUGCGCAAGUACCGCAUGGGUCUGAUCCAGACGCCAGACCAGCUGCGCUUCUCCUACCUGGCCAUCCUGGAGGGCGCUCGGGCCUUGUCCUGCUGCCAGCAGAAGGAUGCCCACCCCACAGCUGAUGAGCGGGUGCUAAGUCGAAGCCCUGAGCGCAAUGGGAUAACUGAGGAGAGCUCGGAAUCUGAAGCAACGGACUCUUCAGAUGAUGAGGAUGAUGGUGAUGAUGAGGACACGAUGGGUGGUGGGAAAGAUGCCAGUGAGAAUGGUGAAGGCAGCAGCCGGCUCCCAAUGGGAGCUGGUGACUCUCCACCGCCGCUGCCACCUCGGCUCAAACGUUCCUCUGAGGAGAAUUCCAACAGUUCGAGUGAAGCCAAGGAUCUUAUGGCAGGCGAACCGGGUGCAAAGGAGACAUCUCCAAGGAAAAGGUUACGGAUCGCACCUCACCGUCUGUCGGAGAAGGACUUACCAUGAAGUCUUGCAACAACAGAAAGCAGAGCAAGUUGGUGAAGAAGCAAAGUUUGAAAAGCAGGCGUAGGAAACACCGACAAGGGAAGGGACAACACAAACGGGGACUGUCAACGUAAAGGUCGUAGAAUGGCGGAUCAAUGUAUGCCACUCCGAGGAAUUCAUACAUCAAAACGGUGAAGCUCUAAAAGCGAGUUCCCCGCUCUUCAGAAGUCCCAUAGAAAUCUGUUUUGCCGAUGCCCGAGGUCUACCCAAGACUUUGCAAACGGUUAACUAUAUGCGGUGCGAUAUUCCUUCGCUGUAUACCUGAGCCUUUUGAAAUGCUUGCACUACGUCCAAGCUCAUAGUACUUCUAUAUCCUCUGUUAUAUCCGACUCAUGUUACUGCAUAACUGCAUACUGUACUCGCUCUACCGACGGCCGCGUCUGGCUGCUCGUUCCGACGGCUUGGUAGGGCUACGUUGCUAACAUUUAAGGCAAAUAGUUUUCUUAGACUCUCGCCCGUUUUCGUGGUCAGUGGCUGGCGGACGGGAGUUGGUUAUUGGCGGUUAGACACUUCACCGCCGACUCAAGGAGCACGUGCUCUCGCGCAACCAAGUUGCGGGGCGCAUCCGUUGCCAACAGUAGAUAGAUUAAAAUGCCUUCGAUGCGAGCGUAGUUCUCACGAACUUUUGAGUUCUACAUGUGGCGUUCGCAACGGUAAAAUACCUAUUUUGUGAAGUUUCGUUAAACAACCAGGACUAUUCCAGAGGUUGUGAAGAUAGACAAUGCGGCGUGACAUUGCGAAGGUGGAACUUGGCUCCGUUGGAGACAUGCCUUCGUAACAUCGUUGUAGCGAAUAGCUGGGCCUCUCAGCACGCUUUGCGGCGUCCCAAAGUUUAGAUGGCUGUGGUGGAGGGCUCGGAAAGGAUUGCCCGCCUCUUCUCCUGCCGCCCCCUCCCGGUGUGGCGGCUGCAGUAGAGGGCUCCAGCACCGCAACAGAUAAGCUGAUUAUUGCUUCUGUUCUCUAUACGGAAUUACGAAGUGAAACAACAAACGCUACCUCAAUGCCCUCACUGCAAUAUACGCCUUCAAGCGUAUCAUUAUUUUUAUAAAGUGAUUAGCUUUCUAAAAGCGUUCGGCUAUUCUCUUACUUUGACUGUCCUCGUCGAUGGUUUCUGCUGAAUUUUAACGCGAUAUCUUUAAAAGCCUCGUGUCGCAGAAAAUCCGGUGCCGGCGUCGGCGGCGGCGGUGAUGUGCGUAUGAGAAAAGUCAUCUCGAACCAUGCAUCCCGAUCCACGCAGGCCCGCCCGCGUGGCGCAGAGGCGUUACUCAACUAAUUGAAUUUCUCGAAGUAAAAUGCGUCAGAAAAUUAGUAGAGUACGACUUACACACAACCUACAAAAUCAUAGCCUCUGAUUGUAACUUACAAGCAAAUAAUUCUGUUACGCGGAAUUUCAAACACAAGCCCCUUUUCCAGCUGUCGUUUGAGGUCUGUCUAAUAGGAGCGGCGCCCCCCACUCGGUUCUUAGCAACACCAUCCAGAUGGGGUUGCAAUGGAGUUACAAGGAAAAAAAAAGAUCCAGAAAACUCGCAUUCGUGCAUAUGGUUCGCCGCCAGCGUUUCCAGCAAAACGUUACGGUUACAUAAGCUGCAGUUGCCGGGAAGCGUGAGAAGCAGUCAGGGAUUUUUGAUUGCUGUCGCUUUUAAGCGUCCUCUAAUUUUUUUUUUCUUUGUGAUAACUCAUCACCGACGCCGGCGUCCGCGACAUUACAAUUGCUAGUAAGUACAGAGGGGCAUGACGCUUGCGGAGGCGCCGGAUGUGUGCGCGCAUGCGCGAGUAAGAGCGGGUGCGAGAAAGGAAAUGUGGGGGCUUUUGCUCUUUGUAUGUAUGACCCUGCCUAGGCACUUCGGAGGAGUUUCUUAGCGCCUGUUCUGUGCGUUUGUCCCUAGGCGUGCCGGCAUUGCGGAUCGGGGUCGAGUUUGUUUACGCUCCGACGCUGGCUGCCGGCGCGGUGAAACAGGUGAUAACAUCGCAGAUGUUUCCGUGGGAAUAGUAGGGACCGUGAAAGAGGCCGGUCCGCAUAUAUUGAAAAUCUAAAAGGCGGCAACCUUGGCAACCGCGGUUGAACGCGAGUGGCUCAAAGGGCGCCGGUGAUGCUUCACGCCCCUGCGACCGCUAUGAGAAUACGCAGCGCCCCUCUAACGCGUUUUACGCUAACCUAACCUAACGUUAAGCUAACCUAAUGAGGCCGAGACAAAAAGACAAUAAUGCUCACAUCAUAACUGUUGUGAGAAUACGCCGCGCCACCCUGACGGCUUUUACGGUAACCUAGCGUAUUGUAACGUUAACCUAACCUAACCUAACCCAACCUAAGCUAACGUUAACCUAGCCAAACGGAACAUAACGUGGCCUAUACGCAAGGACAAUAAUCCGCACGGCGUAACUGCUGUGAGAAUACGUCGCGCCACCCUAAUGCAUUCUACGUUAACCUAACGUAACCUAAGCUAACGUAAACUUAACCUAAACCUAAGCUAACCUAGCCUAACGUGGACGAGACGCAAAGCCAAUAAUCCUCACGGCGCGACGUCAGGUAGUCGCGUCCAAGCGUGGUUGCUAAGACGCUGUGCUUUCAUUUCACUCAAAGGGGAUCACUCAAAAAUGCUCCUGAAAAGUCCUGGAUAGCAGGCCAGGCCUCUACUACAGCCCCUAUUGCUCCCCCCGGAAAAUCAGUGUUUUGUUUUCGCUUUUUUAACGUUGAAAUGCCAUAAGGCGCGACAAAGUUAUAAUCUGGCAUGACUGACUCAACACCAGCACCGCACGCGCGAGAAAGUCUGUCCGGCCCACCUUUAGACACGGCGAUGAUCAAAUGGGGGCGUCAGUGCGCACUGGUUUACCUCUUUCACGGCGCUGGCAGCCGGCGUCCCAGCGUAAACCAACUCGAACCUACACCGCAAUGUCGGCACGCCUAGGCACAAACGCAUACAACACGCGUAAAGAAACUUCUCCACCGUAGUGCCUAGGCAGAGUCGGAGAUCCAAAGGAGCAAAGGCCCCCAAAUUUUCUUUCUCGCACACGCGCCUGCGCAGAAACGUCGAGCGGCUCGAGAAACGUCCCGCCCUGCUGUACUUACUAGCAAUUGUAGAAAUGCUGUCGGGCUGCGCGUUCUCGCUCAUGCCCUGGUUAGAAUGUACCCUGGUCAUAUGGCCGCUUCGGGGUUCCGACGCAGGUUGCGUCGCUGGAUGUUCUUUGAUUGAACACCGUUUUUCGUGCUAGCAUGCCAGGCAUUGCAUGAGGGCAGAGGGCGACGUGUCGCUUUCGCACUUGUAAGUGCGUGUUAUCCGCGCAUUCCUUGUCCGUGCAAGUUCUUCCCUGCAUUCUAACCAUGCCUUGGUAAGGCCAAAUCAAAACUCGCUCGCUUGCCCGCGAGAUGACACCCAUGCUGCUGUACGCCACUUAGGUACUUUGACGCAUGUUGCUUCACUGGCAGUUCUUUGAUUGACAUCUACGCUGCCGGACGCCGCUUCGGGCUGACGGAGAUUGUAUUGCUGGCAGUUCUUUGAUUGACAUCCACGCUGCCGGACGCCGCUGCGGGACUCUAAUACAGGUUGCGUCGCUGGCUGUUCUUUGGUUGGCAUCCACUCUCUCGCACGCCACUUCGGGGCUCUCACGCAGGCUGCGUCGCUGGCUGUUCUUUGAUUGGCAUACACUCUCUCGCACGCCACUUCGGGGCUCUUACGCAGGCUGCGUCGCUGGCUGUUCUUUGAUUGACAUCCACUUUCUCGCACGCCACUUCGGGGCUCUCACGCAGGUUGCAUCGCUGGCUGUUCUUUGACACCCACGCUGCCGCACGCCGCCUCGGGACUCUGACGCAGGUUGCAUCGGUGGCUGUUCUUUGACUGACAUCCACGCUGCCGGUUCGGGACUCUAAUGCAGAUUGCGUCGCUGGCUGUUCCUUGAUUUACAUCCACGCUGCCCCUUCGGGGUUCCGACGCAGGUAGCGUCGCUGGCUGUUCUUUGAUUGACAUCCACGCUGCCGGACGCCGCUUCGGGACUUUGACGCAGGUUGCAUUGCUGGCAGUUCUUUGAUUGACAUCCACGCUGCCGGACGCCGCUGCGGUACUCUGACGCGGGUUGCAUUGCUGGUAGUUCUUUGAUUGACAUCCACGCUGCCUCACGCCACUUCGGGACUCUGACGCAGGUUGCAUCGGUGGCUGUUCUUUGACUUACAACCACGCUGGCGCUUUGGGACUCUAAUGCAGGUUGCGUCGCUGGCUGUUCUUUGAUUGACAUCCACUCUCUCGCACACCACUUCGGGGCUCUCAUACAGGUUGCGUCACUGGCUGUACUUUGACACCCACGCUACUGCACGCCGCCUCGGGACUGUGACGUAGGUGCCGUCACUUGCUGUUCUUUGAUUGACAUCCACGCUGCCGCACGCCGCCUCGGGACUGUGACGUAGGUGGCGUCGCUUGCUAUUCUUUGAUUGACAUCCACGCUGCCGCACGCCGCCUCGGGAUUCUGACGUAGGUUGCAUCGGUGGCUGUUCAUUGACAUCCACGCUGCCGGUUCGGGAUUCUAACGCAGAUUGCGUCGCUGGCUGUACGUUGAUUUACAUCCACGCUGCCCCUUCGGGGCUCUGACGUAGGUUGCGUCGCUGGCUGUUUGAUUGAUAUCCACGCUGCCGCAGGUCUCGGCGCUGGCUGUUUGAGUGAUAUCCACGCUGCCGCUUCAGGGCUCUGACGCAGGUCUCGGCGCUGGCUGUUCUUUGAUUGACAUCGACGAUGCCGAACGCCGCCUCGGAACUGUAUCGUAGGUGGCGUCGCUUGCUGUUCUUUGAUUGACAUCCACGCUGAUGCACGUCACUUCGGGACUCUUACGAAGGUUGCGUCGCUGGCUGUUCUUUGACUGACAUCCACGCUGCUGCACGCCACUGCGUGAUUGAAGGAGGUUGCGUCGCAGGCUGUUCUUUGAUUGACAUCCACGCUGCCGCACGCCGCUUCGGGACUCUGACGCAAGUUGCGCCGCUGGCUGUUCUUUAAUUCACAUCUACGGUGCUGCACGCUACUUCGUGACUCUGACGCAGGUUGCGUCGCUGGCUGUUCUUUGAUUGACAUCUAUGGAGCUGCACGCCACUUCAGGACUCUGACGGAUGUUGCGUCGCUGGUUCUCUGAUUGACAUCCACGCUGCCGCAUGCCGCUUGGGUACUCUGACGCAGGUUGCGCCGCUGGGUGUUCUUUAAUUGACAUCUACGGUGCUGCACGCCGCUUCGGGACUCUGACACAAGUUGCGCCGCUGGCUGUUCUUUAAUUGACAUCUAUGGAGCUGCACGCCACUUCAGGACUCUGACGGAUGUUGCGUCGCUGGUUCUCUGAUUGACAUCCACGCUGCCGCAUGCCGCUUGGGUACUCUGACGCAGGUUGCGCCGCUGGGUGUUCUUUAAUUGACAUCUACGGUGCUGCACGCCGCUUCGGGACUCUGACGCAGGUUGCGCCGCUGGCUGUUCUUUAAUUGACAUCUACGGUGCUGCACGCUACUUCGUGACUCUGACGCAGGUUGCGUCGCUGGCUGUUCUUUGAUUGACAUCUAUGGAGCUGCACGCCACUUCAGGACUCUGACGGAUGUUGCGUCGCUGGUUCUCUGAUUGACAUCCACGCUGCCGCAUGCCGCUUGGGUACUCUGACGCAGGUUGCGCCGCUGGGUGUUCUUUAAUUGACAUCUACGGUGCUGCACGCCGCUUCGGGACUCUGACACAAGUUGCGCCGCUGGCUGUUCUUUAAUUCACAUCUACGGUGCUGCACGCUACUUCGUGACUCUGACGCAGGUUGCGUCGCUGGCUGUUCUUUGAUUGACAUCUAUGGAGCUGCACGCCACUUCAGGACUCUGACGGAUGUUGCGUCGCUGGUUCUCUGAUUGACAUCCACGCUGCCGCAUGCCGCUUGGGUACUCUGACGCAGGUUGCGCCGCUGGGUGUUCUUUAAUUGACAUCUACGGUGCUGCACGCCGCUUCGGGACUCUGACACAAGUUGCGCCGCUGGCUGUUCUUUAAUUGACAUCUAUGGAGCUGCACGCCACUUCAGGACUCUGACGGAUGUUGCGUCGCUGGUUCUCUGAUUGACAUCCACGCUGCCGCAUGCCGCUUGGGUACUCUGACGCAGGUUGCGCCGCUGGGUGUUCUUUAAUUGACAUCUACGGUGCUGCACGCCGCUUCGGGACUCUGACACAAGUUGCGCCGCUGGCUGUUCUUUAAUUGACAUCUAUGGAGCUGCACGCCACUUCAGGACUCUGACGGAUGUUGCGUCGCUGGUUCUCUGAUUGACAUCUACGGUGCUGCACGCCGCUUCGGGACUCUGACGCAGGUUGCGCCGCUGGCUGUUCUUUAAUUGACAUCCAUGCUGCCGGACGCCGCUUCGGGACUCUGACGCAGGUUGCGCCGCUGGCUGUUCUUUAAUUGACAUCUACGGUGCUGCACGCCACUUUGUGGCUGACGCAGGUUGCGUCGCUGGUUGUUAUUUGAUUGACAUCCAUGCUGCCGGAUGCCGCUUCGGGACUCUGAAGGCACGUUCACACCGAAGGCGGAGCGGUCAAGCGGACAAGCGGAUCCGACCAAACGGCCGUGGAUUUUCCGCUUUGCGGAAUAUACGCGGCCGCUUGGCCGGAUCGCGCACGGACCGAUUUUUUCCGCGCGGACAAAUUGGCCGCUUUGGCCGCAGCCAAUCCGACCCGACACGGCGGAAGCGCUGGUGAACGAAUGUAAACAAAUGUCUAUCUCUGGGUUUUUCGCUUCUGUUCUUGAAAAGCGUCAAAACGGCAAGUUGGUCCAGUUGGUUGGGGUUAUAGUAAGGUUUGUUACAGCGCAACACAAGACAAGGACAAAAGAAGGUAUAAAACGACGACACGGCGCCGUGUCGUCGCUUUUUACCUUCUUUUGUCCUUGUCUUGUGUUGCGCUGUAACAAAUCUUGAAAAGCGACUAUACAAGUGGCGAGUAAAAUGCCAACAAUCUCGUCUUCUUCGUCUGAACUUAUCAUUUUGCAGAAGUAGAUAGCGGGCGGGAGCGCGCCAAACCACGAAGAAAAAAAAAUAUCGAAAGUGCGCGUGCAAACCCGAAGUGCCGCAAGAUGGCGGCACGUCCCUGAAAUUGCUAACGAUAUUGCGAGAUGCCCCGCCUUCCCGGCGGCGCGGACAGCCAGACAACGCGGCUCGUCUGAACAGGCGCGGGCGCUCGCCGCCUCGCCGCUUUGAAAAUCCGCUUGUCCGCUUAGACGCUCCGCUUUCGGUGUGAAUGUGCCUUGACGCAGGUUGCAUUGCUGGCAGUUCUUUGAUUGACAUCCACGCGGCCGCACGCCGUUUCGGAACUCUGACGCAGGUUGCGCCGCUGGAUGUUCUUUAAUUGACAUCUACGGUGCUGCACGCCACUUCGUGACUUAGACGCAGGUUGCGUCGCUGGCUGUUCUUUGAUUGACAUCCACGCUGCCGCACGCCGCUUCGGGACUCUGACGCAGGUUGCGCCGCUGGCUGUUCUUUAAUUGACAUCUAUGGAGCUGCACGCCACUUCAGGACUCUGACGCAUGUUGUGUGGCUGGCAGUUCUUUGAUUGACAUCCACGCGGCCGAACGCCGCUUCGGGACUUUGACGCAGGUUGCGUCGCUGGCGGUUCUUCGACUGACAUCACGCCACCGCUCGCCGCCGCCUCCGCGCGAGAACAAUUGUGGAACUUCCCCUGACAGAAUCGCUUUAAAGCUAUCUGCGCUUGCACUAGGCAGCGCGGCGUAAACCCGCCACUCAUAGACACACUUGACAGAUGACAGUUUGGGCAUGACAGUUCUUGACCGUUUCAUACGCGGACAUGUGAAAAAACGUCUCUGUGUUUUGAACGCCUGCCUUUUCAAACUUUGAAUCACGAAGUCACCGUUUACGUUGUUCUUCCAUGAAACCGCAGCUGACUUGUAUUUUCCUUUGUACAAUAUUUAAUAAUAAAAAAAGGCAGCACGCGUC